GCGAUGCCACGGCCGACGCGUGAAUCCUACGGAGACCAGAAACCACCUUUCUCCUACAUAGCCUUAACUGCGAUGGCGAUUUGGAGCUCGCCGGAACGUAUGCUCCCGCUGUCAGAAAUAUACCGGUUCAUCACCGAUCGGUUCCCAUAUUAUCGGAGGAAUACACAGAGGUGGCAAAACUCGCUGCGUCACAAUCUCUCAUUCAACGACUGCUUCGUGAAAGUGCCCCGUCGCCCGGAUAGACCCGGCAAAGGAGCCUACUGGACAUUGCAUCCGCAAGCCUUCGACAUGUUCGAGAAUGGGUCGCUGCUACGGCGUAGAAAGCGCUUUAAGCUGCAUAAAGGUGAAAAAGAUAGCUUAAACGCCGAGUUGCAGGCGCUGGCGAGCUUCAACAGAGCUUUCUUAGCGCGGCAGGCUAGUACCGCGCCGAAUAUGUCUGGUGGAAUGUAUGCACCAGCUGUCACACUGUGUCCAAGGUUGAGUCCAGAACCAGAAGCACCAGACACAGCGGCACUGCUGCCGGUCGGACCUAGACCUCGCAGGGCGUUUACAAUAGACGCAUUGUUAGAACCUGACACGAGGACAACGCCUUCACCCCAAGCUGCACCUCAUCAUCCUCAUUGUCCUUUGCCGUUACCGCCAUCACCUUACCUGUUAGCCGCACAACGGUACCAUGCUGAGCUACUAGCUGGGUUGCAGCAGUCUUGCUUACCGCCGCUCUGGACGUGGAGAGACACAAGCCAAUUUUCACAUUAUACGCUUAAUUCAUGA